UUUUGUGUGCAGGUCACGGCGCAUUGUUUCAGCAGAUACAAUUUUUCUACCGUGGAGUCGUUACCCUCUGAAUGACCCCAUCGCGUGCUCGCUUCAAGUCUGAUGGUUUAGGCAGUCACGCCUCUAACCAGAGGGUGGCGCGCCACUACAAUCUUGCAUGGCACACAACUGCUAGUUCGGUGAAACUUUUGUUGCGCGCUCCCGUGUCCAAACAAUUCCACCCUGAUUUCCUGCUUACGCGUGAGUUUACCGCUGGAGGUCAUAGAAUAGGAUUUACUACUGGUCAACAAAAACACGUGACUCGAAGCCGUACCCCAUAUUUGGGAGCCUACGUAAGGGAGCAUUAAGUCUGUGUCUCACUCAUUUCCAUAAUUCAUCAUAAAUUGUGCAAGGGUGCAAUAGAAGCUCAAAACCAUCAAGAGACACAAAUCAAAAACAAACGGCAGAAUUGUUCUCUCCAUAAAGGUAGCUGUAGUAAUUAAAAUUAUUAUAAGGUAAUUGUCAACAAAUGAGCUCUUAUUUUGUGAACUCAUUUUGCGGUCGCUAUCCAAAUGGCGCGGACUAUCCCUUGCAUAACUAUGGAGAUCACAGCUCUAGCGACCAAUGCCGAGAUUCUACGGGCAUGCAUUCGGGCAGGUAUGCUUUUGGCUACAAUGGAAUGGAUCUCAGCACUGGGCGCUCUACCACCGGACACUUUCUCUCAUCCGGUGAGCGAACUCAAAGCUACACAGACAGUCCAACUGCGACGCCUGUCCGGUACAAUCAACCGGUUACCGCGAGCAGCACUGAGCCUUCCUCUGACCCUCUCCCGUGCUCAUCCUUAGCCAAAUCUCCUGUCAGCGAGCAGUCACACCGCGCUCUGAAAACCUCACUACCGAGCACCGCUGGCUCUACAACCAACAGCGUCGGGACGGUUCUCAGUCGCGAGGACGCCACUAAAGCGUCCGGCACUAUGGAGGAAGAAAAACCACCGGGAAGUUCGCAGACAGCUGCACAGAAUACAUCCGAGGCACCACAGAUUUAUCCAUGGAUGCGAAAACUUCAUAUAAGUCAUGACAGUUUGGUCGGACCAGAGGGGAAAAGGCCCAGGACAGCCUACACACGCUACCAGACACUUGAGCUUGAGAAGGAGUUCCACUUCAACCGGUACCUGACACGUCGCCGACGAAUUGAGAUUGCACACACGCUCUGUCUCUCAGAGAGACAAAUCAAAAUAUGGUUUCAAAACCGGAGAAUGAAAUGGAAAAAGGACAACAAGUUGAAGAGUAUGAAUAUGGCGGCUGCAGGAAGCGGAUACCGGCCGUAAUUGUAUAUGUGCAUAUAUAAAUUCAAUCUGUUAUUUGCAUAGGUGUGUGUGCGCGUCUGAUUCCUUAUUGUAAGUGUGUGUUCGACAAGGGGAUGAAGACUUUACCCAUUUUACAAAAGAACUUUCCACUGGUCUUGAGAGAGUGAACGCCCUGCGUUGCGUCCUUGGUCAGAAAAAAAAUGAAACAAACACUUCCUCUCUGUGUUUUCAUGUAAUGUUGCGUAUGUGGAAAGAUCUAUGCAUUGUCUUAGAAAAGCUAUGAAGGUGUAAAUUAAUAUAACACGUAAUGACGAAAAAUGUUUUUUUUAAGUUUCUGAAAGGUGUAUUAUAAGCCGAACUGUAAAAGUAUUGGACUGUUACUAAAUUAAGCAUAACUUAAAAUAUUUUUGUUGUUAGUUUUUGUCUUAUGGUUUGUAAAUAUGAACUGUUGUAUUUUAUGUAUUUAUUUCGAUUCGAUAUCAAAUAUCGAUUGUAUUUUAUUUGUUGUGAAGCUGAAGUAGAAGACCUGUUUUGUUCGUGUUGUACUGUCAUCUUUGUGUAUUGAUAAAAUCGUUCCGUUCAGACUUGUCCGCAUAUUUGUCAUGUCCUCAUUUUUCUACUUGAGUAUGUUUGAGUGUUGUACGUUUUGAAAUAUUGGGGUAAAAGCUAAUUCUUUAUUUUCCUUCUCGUGAAAUUUGAAUGCCAACUGGAAUAAAGUUUUUA